AUGAUUCUGAGCAAGACUAACCCAGUGGGCAACUUCCGAACCCGAAGUCGAAAUGCCCAUCGCAAGACACAGGUCGAGGAGGUGGCUGAGGUGAUUGAGGUGGAGGAGAGCGACAGUGAUCAGGACAUGGAAGUUGAGGAGGAGACUGAAGAGAAAGAAGAGGAUGAGGACGAGGAUGCUGAAGAGGGGGAGGAGGACGCGGAGGACGAGGAGGACGAGGCAGAGGGGGAGGAAGAGAUUGAGGUUGAGGAGGCAGAGGGGGAGGAGAUAGAUGUUAAAACUGACGCUGACGCGGAGGCUGUCGACGACAAUUCAUCGUGUGAACCAUCUACCGAGAACGAAGAAGAAUCAGACCGAUCUCGAGGAACGGAGACCGAAGAGGAAGAGCCCUGUGAAGCUGCCGAAACGAAACCCAAGCCCAUCAAGACCACAAACGGAACAUCCAAGCCCAGCUCAGAAGCUAUCACGCCCAAGAAGAAGGUCUCUUUCACCUUCCAAUCGACUCCCAACACUCCCACUUCAACUGGAGGUAUUCUGAAAAGAAAUGGUCAACCUCUUGAUCAGAAAAUGACUCGUGAAAACCUCAAGAGUGCUCUGGCAAACGCUACCAGAAAGCUGACUCAAACCGACCAACUAGGAGGCCCUGAUGACUCUGGCUUUGGAGAUGGAGGACAACGGUUCUCAAUCUACAGCAGUUUAAAUAGUUUUCUGAGAGUAGACGUCUCUCAGGACGACAUGAAGAGUCUUGCAUCACACGCCCGCGUUCUCUCGGAGUGCGCCAAGAACGACAUUAUGACUGCCGACAAGUCCAAAAAUGCCCUGGACACCCGAGUAGUCAUCCAAGCAGUGCGGUUUCUGGCCUAUCUUCUUGUGGAUCAGAAUGUGGCUGAAACAGUGGACCCCGACAUUGUCAACUGGGUCGUGAACCAGGGUCUGAGCAAGAUCUCCGACUCCAACUGCUCCAAAUCUGUCCUUGGCGGCUACUUGCAUCUUCUGAGUCACCACCGAGUGUGCAAGAACGUUGUUACACCGGAAACAACGUCCCUGCUGUACACAGAGCUGUCUCGAAGCGAGAAAAAGAGCUCGACGGCACUCACAAGCGAAGUUCUGUCAAUCUAUCAGACUGUGGCGGUCGUUCACCCAGCUAGAGCUCUUCAACAUGCAUCUCUCUGGCUUCCUCGAGUUCUUUGUUUGUCCAUGGAUUGCCGAUCUGGACUCAGAAGCCAGGCUCUGUCUGUUCUGUCCGAUUUCAUUAUUGCUGCUGGACCCAACAGCAAGGGAUUGACAGCCAAGGCAACCCGAAUUCUCACCUCUUCCUUCUCUCUCGAGAUUGCCAGAAACGAAGGCGCACAACUGCCUGCUUGGCUCAAAACAAAGGACACACUUGCCGAAACGAUUCUUCAGGCGGCGGCUGACUGUCCGGCAGAGGACCCCCUUUACGAGCUCUGGGGGCUGACCCUGCUCAUGGCUCCCAUGGACGCCGAGUCAUCCAUCCAUAGUUGGAACAUGCUUCCUCAAUGGAUGAACGUGCCUGCAACUGCGUCUGUUGUCAAUGUCGCUCUUCUUAAGGCAUGUAGAUACGUUGUUCACACACACACACGGAAGCAUUUGGUCAAGUACCCUGUCGGUCUGCAAGCACUUGCUACCAGAUCAGGCAAUACGCUGCUGCUGUGCAUCCAGAGCUUAGGCCAGACUGGAAGCCAGCUGGUGGAUCAGCAGUGCCUCUCUCUGUUCAACCAAACACUCAACACACUUUUGGUUCCUCUUGAAACAAAUCAGUUGACUCUGAAGGCAAACUCACUGCUCUGGGACUCCUAUAUUCGACCCACUCUUGCAAUUAUGAGCGCCAAUACUUCUCUGGCCAACGUGGCCUGUGCCUCUUUGGCGUGCCUCUUGAGAUACGACCAAAAGGUCCAGAAGGACAGAGAGCCAGUUUUCAGCACCAGCAUUCGUCAGCUCCUCACAUCUUUGUCGCCCAGAUGGGUCAAGGCCAACUACGACAAAAUCAUCGACGUUGUCAAAACAAUUCCCUUGGAUACUUCUGGGCCCAGUUUUCUGGCCGUCUGGUCGGCACUGGUGAACAACAUCUCGCACUCUGCCGCCAGGGAAAUCCAUCCCAGCCCGGAAACGUCUGGCUUUGUCAUGUCAGCCUGCAAACUACAUCGUCACAUGACCUCUAAGACUCCUCUGGACCAUAAAGCUUUCUAUAGCUCGGUUUUCGCGGUGGCAGGGCUUCCGCACUGCAUCGAUAAGGUCAUUGAAGGUACUACGCCCGCAGCAUACAUGUUCGAGACACUUGUGGACGCCGAAGAGAUCCCCUCCGAGGCGAAGAAGUACCUCCAGUAUAUCUAUUCACAGCUGUCUACCGCUGCUCGACGGUUCCAGUUCACCCAGAGCAUAGCCAAGGUCGCCCACAGGCACGAGUCGCUUUACAAGAUUGUUCUGGACCACACCGGGGAAGAUAUCAACGGUCCGGAGAUGUCUAAUCUGUCUCCCAAGGGGAUCUACACCAUUCUGGCUUCCCCCAACAGACCUGCGUACCCGGACACAUGGUUUUCCAUUCUCAAAUCGGCUACAGAGAUGAUUCGGAAGGAUGCCUUCCUUGGGUCUACUCAGGAAGUGCUCAUUGAACCUCUUCUGCAGAUCAUUGAUGAGUCGCUACAGCCCCAGGUAUGUCUUCUCGGUAUUGAGCUGAUCGACAAGAAGCCUCGAGGAACUUCUUCACCCAUGUUCCGAUCUCUCACAACCGACAUUCCCAAGGACUUCAUGCAUCUGGGUGCAGUUUCUUCCAAGCUGGCGACACCGGAGAUUGUCAACGCCGUCAGAACGUGUCUGAACACUCUACCAGACCAUUCCAUGCCCUAUUUCUUCUACAGAUUUGCGCCUGUCGUGAUCCAGGCCAUUUCAACUACUCCGGAACAGCACAGGAAGUUUCUGUGCGAUAGCAUUGUGCGGAAGCUACGGAACGGGCCCAUGUUAACAACAAAAGUGUAUUUGGACCUGCUUGUCACCCAGAUCUUCCCAUCUUGGUUCGAGGAGUACCAGGAUGAACUAAAGAAGAAACAGGCUCCCUUGGUUGCGUUUUGGAACGAGUUGCUUGGCAACGACACCCAGAUCGUUCUGGACGAAUCCGUCAUGAAUAUGCUGCUCUUCAAGUUCGUGUCUACUCGCCAGGAGGUGUUCUAUCACGGCCAGAAACUUGAGAAGCCCACACGAGCAGGCCGAAAGUCAUCAUCUAGGAGCGACGCCAGUCCCUCUGUAUCUCCCAACAUGUCUCCCACUAAACGAAGAACAGAUUCGCUGGAGUUUGAAGAUGGUCCUCGGCGCAACAAGUCCAGACGACUGUCAGCUUCACCAGUCAAGUCCUCGCCACUUAGAAGAUCUUCUCCUCGUCUGCAGGAGCUUGUCAAAGUCGAGUCUCAGAUACGAGACGUGGAGGUUGGCCGGUGUGUUGGAGGGUUGGAUGAUCUGGCACUUCAAACCGAUCAGGCUGUUGACCACCUAAGUGAACUCGAAGGUGUGACUGCCAGAGAAAUUGAGCAGAUUGAAUCGACUCUCAUUGGAGCUCUUUUCAAGUUGAACCAGCUCAAAAAGAAUAUUGCAUAG